AGAAAUGGGUCUUUUAAGCGAGGGUAGUCCACUUUCAUGGGAAGAAACAAAAAAAUUAGCAGAACAUGUACGCGAACAUGGUAUUAAUCAAUUCAUAAAUCUCUAUCACAGAUUGAAAGAUCGCCAAGGUGAUAUUCUUAAAUGGGGCGAUGAAGUCGAAUAUAUAAUCGUAAAAUUUGAUGAUGAAAACAGAGUAGCGCGAGUAUCGUUAAAAGCCCAAGAUUUACUAGCAAAAUUAAAUGAAAAAGAAAUAGCCGAUCCACAUGGUGUCAAAUCACUAUGGCGGCCAGAAUAUGGGGCUUAUAUGAUAGAAGGUACACCAGGAAAACCAUUCGGUGGUUUAAUGGCAAAUUUAAAUUUAGUCGAAGCAAAUAUGCGAUACAGACGACAAGAAGUAACACAAUUAUUGGAUAAAGAUGAAUGCGUUAUGUCUAUAACGAAUUUCCCACGUUUGGGUGCACCAGAAUUUACUUAUCCCAUAUAUUAUCCUAAACCAGAUGAUCCAAAAAGUGCAGCAAAAUCACUUUAUUUUCCAGAUGAGGCUAUCUUUCCAGGACAUCCACGAUUUAAGACGCUCACUCGUAAUAUAAGACAAAGGCGUGGUGAGAAAGUGGCUAUAAAACUUAAAGUAUUUAAUGACGAGAAUACCAAAAUUCCUGUGCUUGGCGCACCAAAGAAUGAGCCAGACGUUGUAUUAUUAGAUGCCAUGGGCUUUGGUAUGGGUUGUUGUUGCCUACAAUUAACAUUCCAGGCUUGUAAUAUUACUGAGGCGCGUACAUUGUACGAUCAGUUAGCGCCACUCUGUCCAAUAAUGUUAGCUUUAACAGCUGCCUCACCAAUAUACAGAGGUUAUCUAACUGAAUCGGACUGCCGUUGGAACGUUAUCAGUUCAUCAGUAGAUUGCCGUACUGAAGAAGAACGUGGUCUAAAACCAUUGCGUGAAAAUAAAUUCCGUAUAGCGAAAUCACGUUAUGACUCAAUUGAUUCAUAUCUUUCAACGGAGGGAGGAAAAUAUAAUGAUGUUCCACUGACCUAUGAUGAGAAAGUGUAUAAACGCUUGAGAGAUGGUGGAAUUGAUGAUUUACUUGCGCAACAUGUGGCACAUCUUUUCAUACGUGAUACAGUUUCAUUAUUCAGCGAGAAAGUACAUCAGAAUGAUGAAGAAGAUACAGAUCAUUUUGAAAACAUACAGUCCACAAACUGGCAAACGAUGCGUUUUAAGCCACCACCACCGAAUUCAUCGAUCGGCUGGCGUGUGGAGUUCAGGCCAUGUGAGGCACAAAUUAGUGAUUUUGAAAAUGCUGCAUUUGUAUGUUUUGUUGUAUUAUUGACAAGAGUGAUUUUAUCGUAUCAACUAAAUUUCCUCAUACCCAUAAGUAAAGUUGAUGAAAAUAUGCAAACAGCACAAAAACGUGAUGCUUGCCGUAAAGAGAAAUUUUGGUUCCGUAAAGCACAUCAUCGUGCACGAGCACCCGAACUUAAUGGUACUGUUAACGGCACCAAAGAGAAUGGUGUUAACGGCUACGAUGAAAACUAUGAACUUAUGACUAUAGGAGAAAUUUUUAAUGGCAAGCCCAAUACUUUCCCGGGUCUAGUGCCACUUAUUCGCAGUUAUUUGCAGUCCAUGGAAGUUGAUACCGACACUCACUGCACCAUCGAACAAUAUUUACGUUUCAUACAAAAACGUGCUUCUGGAGAAUUUGUAACCACAGCAACUUGGAUCAGAACAAAGGUCUUGCAGCAUCCAGAUUACAAAAAAGAUUCAAUUGUGAGUGACAGCAUCAAUUAUGAUUUGCAAAAAUAG